UCUCUUUCCAAUUGCAAUUGCCUACUUCUACUCCUGCUCCGCCAUGACCAUCACCAUCAUCCGCCAGGCACCUUCGGCAACCGAAGCACAUAUCCGCUACACUCAGGAAAAUGUUACACUCCAUGUCACGCCCGUGUCGACACUGAUCCAGCACCCUGGCACACUCUUUAUCGCUGACGAGUGUUUGUAUUACUUCUCGACGGCGUCGAAUGCAGGUUUCGCGAUCCCCUAUCCGUCGAUCAUUAUCCAUGCGAUCGCGCGCGAAUCGCAUGUUGGACCGAGUAUCUAUUGUCAACUCGAAGGUUCUUUGGCCUCAUCUGAGCCCGCGAAGACGAACGUGGCGAACGGGCAUUCCAGUAAUGGUACCAGCGCUGAGAAAGAAGAGGAGGAGGAGGAUGAGGAGGAAGAUGCGGUUUUGGAAUUGAGUUUCGUACCCGCCGACGUGUCAUCCUUGGACACAAUUUACGAGAACCUAUCUUAUUGCGCCUCGCUCCACCAGGAUGAAGAAGCCGACGAUGAUUAUCUCAUGGACGAAGACGCUCUAUACGAAGACGACGAAAACGAUCAUGACGGACUCUUUGCGGACGCCGAUAUCCAGGGCGGCUACAUCCCCAAAUCCUCCAGUACCACUGCUAUUGGCGUCGUCGCCCCGCCUUCUUCUUCAUCAGUAUCUUCGUCAUCAAUGGCAGCGGGAGUGGCAGCAGAACAGGAAGAGAUUGAGCAGGUACCAGCGAUCGAUCUGCAGAGCGGCGAAUGGUACACGGGUAACCCCGAGACGGACGCAAAGUUCGAGUUGAGCGAGCAGGGUCAGGUAACUCUUCACCACUGGCAGCAGAAUCAAAGUCAGGAACAGACACAGACGCAAGGAAAACGGGGACGGCAGGAUCUGGGUGUAGAAGCGCAGCCAGAGGAUCAGGAUAUGGCGACAGCAGGAACAGCAGUUGAGGCGGAUGGUGCGCAGGAACCGCAGCAGGAAUAUACAGAAGAGCAGGUUCAGGAGGCGCGCUCGAAAAUGUGGCGCGCUUACUAGAGCACCACGAUACCAUACACCCAUGGCAUUCCAUCGCCGACAACGUGGUUGUUAUCCAACCUCAAAAGCAACAAAGCAUCAUUAAAGCAACAA